AUGGCAGGUGGUGAUUGGCCUUUUGGUCUUUAUGCAAUCACUCUAGGGUUUUGUUAUGCAAGAGGAACCUUUGUGUUCCUCUUGAUAAUCCCUCUUGAAAAGGCUCAUUCACAACCGUUUUCUUUCUAUUACAAUUUCAGAAACGCUGCGGACGUAGAAAAGGUAUACCUUGAAGGAAAUGUUUCUGUUUCAAAUUCUGGCAUCAACCUCGCAGUGGACUCAAACCAUGGUGGAACUGGGAGUGUUGGGCGAGUAACAAGUCCCCAGUUUAUCAAACUAUGGGACAAGACAUCGAAGGAACAAGAAAGCUUCGUCACCCAGUUUUGCUUUAUGAUCAUCCCAAACAAGAGUUCUCGUGGAGACGGUUUUGCUUUCUUUAUAGCAAACCCUAACCUCCCAAAUGUGGAUACAACGGAUGAAAUGAAGCGUGGAGGCCUUGGCAUUGGUAUGGUGAAUGACACAGCACCUCUCUCAACCCGAUUUAAUGAUUAUCAAUAUGUGGCAGUGGAGUUUGACAUUUUCUCAAACGAGUGGGACCCUCGGGACCCACAUGUUGGUAUGAAUGUAAACUCUAUGCGCUCUGAGGUAGUUGAGAAUUGGAGAAUAGAUAAUACUUCAAGAGGCCCUUAUAAGUGUACCAUUAAGUACCACUCCCAAGAUCAAUUCCUGAACAUUUCUUUCACUGGAAUCUUGCCCGAUGGAAAGCGAGUAACACAGCACCUUCUUUACCACAUUGAUUUGGGAAACUACUUAGAAGAGAUGGUUGUUGUAGGUAUAUCAGCUGCAACAGGAGAUGGAUUUGAUCAGUAUACCUUGCUCGAAUGGUCAUUUAGUAAAAUAACACGUAAUGAUAAGAAAGAGCUCGAUAAGACGAUGUUGUUGGAGGGAAUAGGAGUUGGUUUAGGUGGGGCUGUGAGUUUCUUCGUGUUGCUCCUCCUUGUAUUGAGGAAGAGGGGCGAGAAAGAAAAGGAAGAAGCCACUUCAGAAGCCUCUUCUGAUUUGAAAAUGGAUGAUGCGUUCAAAAUGUGCACUGGACCUAAGGAGAUCAGAUACGAGGUUUUGGUAUCUGCGACAAACAACUUUAAAGAGAGACACAAGCUGAGGCAAUGUGUUUUCAAAGGUUAUUUCAAAGACAUAAACACUUAUGCUGCAAUACAGAGGAUAUCAGCCGGUUCAUCACAUGGUGUGAAGGAAUAUGCAGCGGAAGUAAGGAUCAUUAGCCAAUUGAGGCACAGGAAUUUGAUGAAACUCAACGGUUGGUGCCACAAGAAGAAUAACUUCUUUCUGAUAUAUGACUACAUGCCAAAUGGCAGCUUGUAUUCUCAUCUUUUUCAUAGGGAGAGUAUCUUAUCGUGGCAUGUGAGGUACAACAUAGCUCUAGGCUUGGCCUCAGCAUUGUUUUACCUACAAGAAGAGUUUGAAAAAUGUGUGUUUCAUAGGGACAUCAAAUCAAGCAACAUACUCUUGGACUCUAAUUUCAGUGCUAAGCUUGGGAAUUUUGGCCUGGCAAGGCUUGAGGGUCGUGAGAAAAGGUCAAAAACAACAGUUAUAGCUGGAACAACGGGUUACCUUGACCCAGAAUAUAUUAUCACAGGCAAGGCUAGAAAGGAAUCUGACAUGUUCAGCUUUGGAGUUGUUUUGUUGGAGGUAGCAAGUGGAAGAAAAGCCAAUGACCAAGAAGAGAAAGAGGGUCAACCUCAAGUAUCACUAGUUGAGUGGGUGUGGGAGCUCUAUAGACAUGGAAAUCUCCUUGCAGCAGCAGAUCCAAACCUGAAUGGGGAAUUUGAUGUGCAGCAGAUGGAAUGCUUGCUUGUUGUUGGUGUUUGGUGUGCUAAUUCAGAUAGCAAGACAAGGCCCUCUAUAAGGCAAGUGAUUAAGGUGCUUAACUUUGAAGCUCCUUUUCCUAUUCUCCAUCACCACCUAUCUCCCUCCAACAACAACAGAUGA